AUGUCAGCUGUCAAUGACACCAAGUUCAACUCUGCAGUGUUCCUUCUCACUGGGAUACCUGGGCAGGAAGACGUCCAUCUCUGGAUCUCUAUCCCCUUCUGCUUAAUUUAUGCUAUUUUGAUAGUAGGAAAUGCAGUCAUUCUGUUCAUUAUAAAAACAGAUCGAACCCUCCAUGAGCCCAUGUACAUUUUCCUUUCCAUGUUGGCCAUCACAGACCUUGGCUUAUCGAUAGCCACCAUGCCGACGAUACUGGGCAUAUUCUUGUUCAACUCGAGGGAGAUCAGCCUCAAUGCCUGUUUUGCCCAGUUGUUUUUCAUCCACUUGCUUCAAUGCAUUGAAUCAUCUGUGCUCUUGUUGAUGGCCUUUGACCGCUUUGUCGCUAUCUGUAGCCCAUUGAGAUAUGCUUCCAUCUUAACCCUGCCGAGAAUAGCCAAGAUGGGGUUGGUGUUUGUGCUAAGAGGGGUGGUUGUAGUAUUACCAUUCCCCUUUCUCCUGAAACGGUUCCAAUACUGUCAAGCCAAUGUCCUCUCCCAUGCCUACUGCCUGCACCAGGAGGUCAUGAAGAUGGCUUGUUCAGACAUCACAGUCAAUAGCAUCUAUGGCUUGUCUGCUUCACUUUUAACGAUGGGGUUGGAUUCGCUGCUCAUCUUCUUAUCUAACGUGAUGAUCUUCAAAACAGUGUUGAGCAUUGCAUCGAAGGUGGAGUGUCUCAGAGCCCUGAAAACCUGUAUUUCCCAUAUCUGCGUCGUCCUGCUCUUCUACAUACCAGAGAUAAGCUUGUCUGUGAUACACAGAUUUGGGAAGGGCUCUUCUCACUUGCUUCAGAUUGUCCUGGGCUAUGUCUACCUGCUGGUCCCACCCCUGAUGAACCCAAUCGUGUACAGCGUGAAAAGCAAACACCUUCGUGCGAGGUUAAUCAGGUUGUUCAUCAAGUGA